AAAUCUCUCACACUUUUCCUAAAAUUUAAGCGUAAAAGAGGAAUUUUUCUUUGGAGGAGAGAGAGAGAGAGAGAGAGAGAGAGAGAGAGAUUCAAAAGGUCUCAACUCUCUCAACAAAGCAACCGUUUUGAGAAGAAAAGGAGCCUCCUUUUUCAACUCAUUUCCCCACUCUCUUUGAAUCAAUAAACAAAUCUCUCUGAGAGCUCUUUCUGAGACAGUAGCUUCCCCAGGUUCUCUUCAAAAUCAGGUUUUUCCACCCAAAAUUUAACUCUUUUUUCCAAAUUUUAUGGCAAUAUUUUGCUCAGAAACUCCCUAAAACGCUUCAGUUUGGUUCAGAAACAUCUAUGCACUUUAAUUUUGUAGUUUAGUACUCCUCAGAUCUGUUUAUCUGGUGCUAUUUUUGUUGUUUGUGCCUCAAUUUCUCUUCAGCUCCCUCAAAGUUCUGAUUUUGUUGCUUCUGACCAUGUUUAGUAGUGAAAAUUUCAUGUAAAGCUUCAGUAUAUGCUUAAAUCACUGAUGAGUUAUCCUCAAAAUCCUAACUUUUUACCUCCUCUUACUUGAAACCCCCUUAAUCUCCUUCUUUGAAAGAGGAUUCCAAGUAGGGUUCUUCUCAAAACCUCUUCUUUCUCACUAAAUUUCUCUCAGAAUUUUAGUGCUUCAUCAGCUUCAUCUUGCUGUAAAAAGCUUUGCUUCCAACUUCUGUUUUUUUUUUCCCCAACAAUUCAAAUGGGGAAUGGAUUGGCCUGCAUGCCGUCGAAAGGCUCUGACAGUGGCGUCGGGUCAAAAGGCAAGAGGGGAUGGAGUUCGCGGUCGCAGAGGAAGAUGUCGGCCGAAGAGGAAUUGAUGCACCGCCGCGCCCUGGCGGUGGCAAUUCAGCAGCACCAGCUGUCGCAGCGGUUCGAGGGCUCGCUGUCGCGGAGGAUCGACGGCGGCGGCGGCGGCGGCGGCUCGAUGUCGAGGCGGAUCGGGAACACGAGCUCUCGGAGGCGGGACCUCCCUGAUUCCCUCACAAAUGGAAAGCAGGCCCCAAUUUUCCUCGAGAAUCUUGAAACCAAGAAAAUCAUUCUAGUCCACGGAGAAGGAUUCGGCGCAUGGUGUUGGUAUAAGACCAUGUCGCUACUGGAGGAAGCUGGCCUCAAUCCCAUUGCUUUGGACCUCACAGGCUCCGGCAUAGACCACAACGAUGCUAACCGCAUUACAACCUUGGAAGAGUAUUCAAAGCCUUUAAUGAAUUACCUCGAAAGCCUUGCUGAGGACGAAAAGGUAAUUUUGGUUGGUCAUAGUUGUGGAGGUGCAAGCAUCUCGUAUGCGCUAGAGCGAUACCCGAAAAAGAUCACGAAAGCUGUGUUUGUAAGCGCCACAAUGGUGAAAGAUGGCCAAAGGCCUUUUGAUGUGUUCUCAGAGGAGCUUGCAUCAGCCGACGUGUUCUUGCAAGAGUCGCAGUUUUUGGUGUAUGGUAAUGGAAAAGACAAACCGCCUACUGGUCUUGCAUUUGAUAAACAGCAGAUCAAAGGACUGUACUUCAAUCAAAGUCCGUCUAAGGACAUCGCUUUGGCGGCCGUUUCGAUGCGACCCAUACCGCUAGCCCCGAUCAUGGAGAAGUUAUCUCUCACCGCGGAAAAUUACGGAGCGGUCCGGCGGUUCUUUGUGCAAGCCCUCGACGACCGCAUGCUCUCGCCCGACGUCCAGGAGAAGCUCGUCCGCAACAACCCGCCAAAUGGGGUCUUCAAGAUCAAGGGCAGCGACCACUGCCCGUUCUUCUCCAAGCCGCAGUCGUUGAACAAAAUCUUGCUCGAAAUCGCGCAAAUUUAGUCGAAAAGUCGAGCCAAAAAAAUGCUGCGUUACAAAGCUCAGAUGCUGUACAUAAGAGAGUUAAUAUAGGUUGCGGAAAGCUUAAGACUUUAUUGUGAUAAUCAUCAAUCAUUUGUGGUAAAUUGUUUGUGGCCCUUUGUAAUAAUAAUGAAUCAAUAAGUAUUUACAUGCUUAGAAAUUUUAGUUGCUGUUAUGCUUGGUAGUAACAUUAGGUUGUAUAACUUUUAGGAGUUAUUAUUUAUGGUGACGAAUGGGAUUUAUGUACCUAGUUACAUGUGACAUAUUAUUGCUUGAGCCAGAGAAAAAAGAGCCAAAAUAUGUUCACAAA